AUGUUAGAACCUCAGCAAAGAAUCAGGAACGCCAUAAUAGAGGGGAACCUACCCAUUGUCAAACGAAUAUUAUCCCGGUUCUCCGAACUAUGGUUGAACAUAGACCCAAAGAACCAAGGGUGGAGCAAUCUCCACUAUGCAUCGUACUAUGGACAUUAUUUGAUAUGUAUCCAUUUAAUAUCAUACAUAAAUAAGACAAUAGGCAGCUUGGAACAGCAUUAUACCAAACUAGAUUUGGUGGCCUUUGACGAUACCACUGUAUUGCAUCUUUGUAUGGAAAAGAAACACGCUCAAACAUUGCAUUAUUUAUUGCAAGAAUUCCCAGGAAAAAUAUGGUUGAAUUCCCUUGGUGGAAGCUCCAGACAAACACCGUUGCAUUAUAGUUGCAUUUACGAUUUCAAAGAAGGGACAAAGUUGCUAUUGGAGUUUGGGGCUCAAUGGAAUAUACAGGAUUCCCAUGGCGAUACAUGUCUACAUCUUUGCUUUCAGUUUGGAAGUGUUGGCUGCUUAUAUGAAUUACUCAAAUAUAUUAUCAUCUAUUCCAAAACAAAGGAAGAUUCAUUUAAGAAAAUCGAGGAGUUGGAGAAUGUCAAAAACAACCAGAAUUGGGUAGCCAAGGAUUAUUCAUCAAGCUUUGAUUUGAUUACCCAAUAUGAGGAAAUGAAAAGAGAUCUACUAUCUCAGGACUAUACCGGUGCAGCUUCUGACCUAAAGUUCUCAGCCGAGUCAACAACACUGCCAAAUCUUGAAGUGGCAUCAAUUGACACUCUAGGUAACAAAGUAUUAGCAAGCCCAAUUGUACUGAUGUCGCUGCAACAGUCGGUGGUUAAUAAUGACAAAAACUUUGAAGGACGUCAGCAUUCACAAUCAUUGCCACCUGUGUUCAAGGCACAGCCACAGCCAUUAAUCAGACAAAGAUCAAAUACAACGUAUAUUUAUAAACCACCAUCCGCCUUAACCAUAGCCACUGAAGGUUUAACAGGUAGGCCAUCCUCCGCCAAUUCAUCGCCAUUGUCACCAAUGACUCCUCAGGCAACAACAUCGAAUAGAGCACCGUCAUUGAAAUCAGUUACAAUAUCGCCUUCAGUCCGUACAAACGGAACUGCAAACUAUUCCGCAGUCACAGACGAUGAACCAAUUUCCCCACACUCAGUAGUAUCUAUAACUUCGUCAUUUAAUCUGUCGCCAAAUUACAAAUUAGGCUCAAGAAAGAAGAGUUUUUCGUUUUCUAAAUCGGUUCCAUUACCAUCGAUAAACUCUGAAAAUGUUUUGUGGCCCUCAGUAAAUGAAGAGGCAAUGACAGAGUCACUGGCUCAACAAAUAUCACCCAUAAAACGAUCAGCAGCAGAUCAUAAGCUGAGAAAGAAUUCAUCAGCCUCUUCUAUCGCUGCCAAACUUGCGUUUAAUUCUAGUCAUUCAUCACCAAAUCAUAACGAGAAUUUGAGGAAACGGGCCGUAUCCAAAUCUAAUAGUGUACACAGCAAUAGCUUGAAUAGUACCUCAUCUGUUGGUAGCACAAUCAGUUCUAGCAGUGUAUCGAAUAUUGAUACCGAAAUAUUGAGAAAAACAAAAUCGUCUGGCACUCUUCCAACCAAUAGUAGUCACAACAAUAACAAUGGGACGAGAAUCCCAAUUACUUUAAAUAAUAGCAGUGUGACCUCUUUGAAUAGUAAUGGUUCAGAUAAUUUGAAAAAGUAUAGUGUUCAUAGUAUUAGUUUCAGCAGAGUGAGAUGA